AAUGAUGCUCAGCGCUGUGGUAUUGGAUGCGUGAUCAUUCGAGUGCUGGAUGGGGAGGAUGAAGAGCAGUAAGUAGAUUAGAAGGACCAGGAUGGUUGAUGAAUUCGUGUCACAAGAGCUUGUCAUGAGUGCGACUAGCAAAGAGGAUGAAAUUCCGAACUGUCGUUCGCACGCGUUUGGUUGUGGACCGAUAACGAAGGGGAUGGUGGCUGAGAUGGAGACGGAGAUGCGGACAAAGACGAAGACAAUGAGUACAAAAAGCUAUCUGUAGGGUUGCGUUGGUCAAUGGAAAAAGCUAAAGACGAAUUUGAACUGGCCAUGGCAGAGGGUGGUAUAACCUAACCAAAGUUCGAUCCGUCAUGCAUCCCCCCAUGUCUAAGUAACAGUCUACAGAAUAAGACCUGAAUAUGAUUCCUUCCUUCCUUCCAAAUAAAAACGAUCGAGCGCUCAAUAUUAACCUGCGUCGAACAGCAUCUAGACAGC